AUGUCUGCUGAUGUUUUUAUCGUUGACGAUGAAGUGACCGCCCAUUUCGUGUUCACCGCUUUCUGCCUGAUGAUUGCCGUGGCCUGUCUGGGGAUUAUCUCCAACGGGAUUAACCUGGCCGUCUUCAUCAAGCAAGGGUUCAAGGACACCAUGAACAUCAGCCUGUUCUCAUUGGCUGUCUGUGACCUCUGCUCCCUACUUCCGUUAAUAUGGCUGGGUUUGGUGGCCGAGCCCCAGUUUUUCGGGCCACCCGUGUGGUAUGUGGGGAUGGAGAUCAACUUCUUGACAGCCGGGUGGCCACAUACAAUCUUUGCCAGGUUGACUAGCUGGAUCACGGCGUACGUCACCCUGGAGAGGUGCGUCUGUGUGGCCACGCCCCUCAAAGUUAAACUAAUCUUCACCCCAACCCGAGCGAAGUAUUCCGUGAUCGUGAUUUAUAUUUUAGUCCUGGCUGGCGUGAUCCCCACCUACGCCACCCACAGCCUGGCGUGGAGGUUCUUCCCUAACUACAACACCACAAUGCUGGGGUUACGUUUGACAGACAACGCGUGGGACGUCACGAAAAUUUCGAACAUCUUCACCAAUCCCCUAUCCGCCAUUACAUCCUUCUGUGUCGUCCUAUCCUGCACCGCGGUCAUCGUCUGCAAGUUAAACGAAAAAACAAAAUGGCGGAAACAGACGACCAGCAAAAGAGACGAUAAAAAAAGCGUCACGCGCAAAGAAAGAAAAGCCGUUAAGAUGGUGACUAUGUUGGCCGUGAUCUUCCUGAUAAGUGUCACGCCGUCGAUCAUCCUCGUGAUCAUCACGGACGUCACGGAAGAUUUCAGCCUGACCGGCAAGUACCGGAACAUGUUUUUCAUCACGUACUGCGUCACGUUUUUGUUGGAGGCCAUCAACUCGGGGUCAAACUUCUUUGUUUACUAUUCGAUGAACACCAAAUAUCGGCGCACGUUGGCGCAGAUGGUGGGUACUAAAUGA